CGCAGCGCAAACGGCGCUGCGGGGCUCGAGGAGCCAGGAUCAACCAAAGCCGUGGGCCCGACGCUGCCGACGCGACCCCCGCACCCUAAGCACGCGGCUACGGGCUGCCCCGCCCACCGUCGAGCCAUGCGCCCCACAUAAACAACAGCUAUGCCACCCUUCGAGUCGGCAGUCGAGCCCGCCGGCGAGACGGAGAAGGAGCGCAAGAAGCGGGAAAAACGCGAGCGCAAGGAGGCCAAGAAGCGCGCGAAGGAAGAAGCCGCAAUGGCGCCCGCGGACGCGCCCGGCCCGGCGCCCGCAAAAAAGAAGAAAAAAAAGAAGAAGAAAAAGAUCGAAGACGACGACGAGGACGAAUUAGAGAGGCUCAAGGCCGCCAUGAACGACGACAGUGGCGAGCUCGAGGCGUCCGAGGAGGAGCUGCUCGAGGAAUUGCAGACGGACUGUGCGGUACGCGUACAAAAGCAAGCGCGAGCGCUCAAAGCUCGGAGGCAGGUCCGGAACAUGAUCAAGACGACCUUCGCGAAGGAGUACGACCAAGAACAUGAUAGGAUGGUCUACCGGAACAAAGUGACUGGUUUGGUACAGAGGACGAAGCCACGACUCCUGCGGGACGAGGACCUGCCCGAUCCUAUUGUAUAUGUCGCGCCGGAAGGUUAUGAGAGUGUACCUGCUGAUAGAAAACAGUUCGCUUUAGUGUUGACUACUACCUCAUUCAACGAUGAGGAGCGGUUACCUGCUCUACCAGCCGUGGUGGAGAACGACCACGACGCGAUCCGAAAACAUCUCGUGAACCCCUACGUGUGUAAAUACGCAGAGGAGGACUGCCUGUUCCUCAAGAACGUGUCGAAGAAUGUCUUUCUCACACAAAUUGACGCGUUGCGAGACAUUGUAAAAAAAGCGAAUCAAUCAGAAAAACUAAGAACUGGGGCUGGCAGAGAAUUCAAGCCCACCGGUUCAUUAUUAGUGUAUGUGGCGACACACGUCGCCACGCACCGAUCCGGCGGGCCCUACUUCUGUUUCUCCGACACGUCUGCCGUGAGCAACUCGUCGUUGCAACGGACCGGUAUGAAAGUGAGCCAGUUCUGUAAAUUAAUCAGGGAUAUCAAGUGUCGCGAGAAGACUGUGAUACUAGACUGUUGCCAUGUCGAACGGCCGCCGUCCAAAGAAGCCGCGAAGAGACCGGUGGUGGUCUAUCCGCCGUCAACCUUCUACUCUGAUGUAGCGUACAAGGCCGAGUGUCGCGUGCUCGGUUCAUGCAAAUUAGGAGGCGAAGGCCGGCCGCCGGAAUUUGGCGAGCAGCCGCCGAAGGCUGUGCUUGAUCAGCCGGUGCUCGUGGAUCGUAGCGAAGAUGGCACGUACCACAAAGGUGUUGUUUCAUCAGCAAAUGAAGACGGGACCUACGACGUCACCUUUGCUGAUGACGACCUCCAACAGUCAAUACCGAGAUAUUUACUACGACCGCGGAGCAAGGAGGAUUUGGCGGCAGAAGCGGAAGAGUUAAGAAGGGCAGAACUCCUCGAGAAAUUACAAAGGUCCAUGAAGGUCACGACCCUGACCUCAAAAUUCAUAAAGAAAACGCAAGUCGCCGCAUUGACGACGAGGCAGCGGGUAGAAGCCCCGGUGCCGGCCGCGGCGCCGGCGCCCGCCGAGGCGCCGGCGCCGGCGCCGGCGCCGUCGGACGAUGAGCUCUGCAUAGAUCAGAGGGUUGAGGCGAGGUACCACGGUUCGGACCAGUACUACAAGGGUGUGAUUACAAGUGUCCACGCCGACUAUACGUACGACGUUACGUAUGAAGACGGGGAAACAGAACGGAACAUUCCGAGGGAUGCGAUACGCGUGGUCGAAGUCCUGGACGAGGCCGAGGCGCCGCCCUCACCCAUUCUGGAGGAACCUGUCAAGGAAGAGGUAUCAAUUGUUUCGUAUGAAGAACCAAGGCUAUCUCUAUACGCGAGGAUCUGUGAUAAACUAAGAUGCUGCCCGAAGAUGCAGGUCAACCAGGACGAUCCUAGAAAUAUAAUAGUCACCGAUGAAGUGGAGCAGCUGUAUGCAAGAAGGUGGUGCUGUUGCGAAUGGGUGUCAGCUACGUUGUCUCUAUUACCGUGCUGGUGCUGCUGGUCGCAAGCGAAGAAGGCGAGGAAGCGCGCCCGUAAAGAGGAGAAGCUGCGCAUCAAGCGGGAGGGCUUGGCCAAGGCCGCGGCGUCGUACGAGCGAGCCUUGUAUGUCGAGGAACACUCCUUAUUUGGAGGGGCCGUGGUGAAGGCUCUCACCGAAGCUGCGGAAACGGACGAGUCCAGAGUUUCUGUUGAGUCUGUCUACAACAAGGUCACGGAGAUAGUAGCUGCAGACAUCGAGAAGCGGCGCCAGGUCCAGGCGCUCGAGCAGCAGACGAAGGACCAGGCCGACGACGACGAGGAGAAGCGACUACUCGAAGUCUCGCAACGAGCGUCGUUAGACGACCGACCACUCACGGCGGAGGAACCCGAAGAUACGACAAACUACGAAGAGUUGAGUACCUCGACUCUCCAGUCCAUAAAAGACCCGCCCAAAGACAACAAGGCCACGCAACGAAAGAAGGCCGAAGAGGCCAAGGAACGGCAGCAGCAGGCCAAGGAGAUCCGGAAAGCUAGACAGCAGGCCAUCAAGGAAUUAGCUCAAUUUAGGGUCGAGCGGAAACAAAAGCUCCCAGAUGCUCUUGUAAGUCAGACGCCCCAAUGCGAAUCAUCCUCGAAGUGCGCGAAGCAGUACACUACUUUGGCUAUGGCUCCGGCCCUACCUCCCGCGCCCGAGCCGCCCGUCGCCGUGAAGACACGAGCAAGGUCAGCUUUAUUACAAUGGCAGGAUCCACCUUUUUCAGGAACACCCGCAGUCCAAUAUGACGUGCAGUCCAUGGGCACGGCGAAAUUCGACAGUGGGAAAUGGGCGAAGUGCGGUGCGUUCACGUAUAUUGCUAGAAAUGAAUUCCAGGCGCCUCACCUCGUGCCGGGCAUGGCCGUCUACUUUCGCGUGCGAGCGAGGAACAACAGCGGAUGGGGCGCCUGGUCCGAGAGUUCGGAGAAGAUUUUGCCCGUCGCAAAUAAAUUAGUUGGUUUGACCGAGGCCUUCGAGGAGGCGGCUCGACGGGGCGCGCCCUACGUACUCCAGAAGAUGAAGGCGGCGCCUACGGUAGCCGAGGCGCAGAAAUUGGGUGCGCUGCAAUUGGGUGCCAUCGCGACGAAAGCCCGAGGCUUCAAGAGGAAAAAAGUAGCGCAAGAGUGUGCUACUUUGAUGUUGAAAGCGAUGCGGACCUUCGAGGUCGAGAAGGAGGUCCAAUCGCGGGGAUGCUUGGUCCUGGGUUGGUGCUUCUUCCGCCAUAGUGACGUGGCCAAGAAGUGUUAUGAGGAAGCCCUGCAAUGCGUCGAGGCGGCCGCUCAACAAUUCCCCGAGGACGUCUCCGUGCAGUCCUACGCGAACUGGGCCCUCGCGCACCUCUCCGAAGCCGAGGACGACCGGCCCUCGACGGUCGGCUCGCCGGCGAAGACCUUCAGCCAGCUCGGCACGCCGGGCAAGUUCUCGUCCCUCGGCACGCCGGGCAAGUUUAGCCAGCUGAGCACGCCGGGGCGGACGACGCCGGGCAAGUUCUCGCAGCUGUCGUCGCCGGGCCGCGAGAAAUUGGCCCUGUCGCCGGCCAUCGAUCCCGACAUCGAGGCCUACGCGCAGUGGCUCGAGGACAAGAUCACGCGCGAGGCGGAGAACGUGGGCUUCUUGGAGGGCCGGGGGCACUCGCCGUACAAGUCCUAGUGUGUUGG